AUGGCCGACGCCGUCGACCCCGCGCGCGCGCUCACGUCGCCGCUCCGCGCGAGUCUCUCGCGCCUCAAGCACGACGUCGCGACGUCCCUCUCGCUCUGCGGCCGCGACUUCGGACGCCUCGGCGCGGAGCUCGUGGCCGCUCUCGGUCGUACGCACGCGCGCGAACGCGCAACAGCCGACGCGCUCGCCCUCGAACGAGCGGCCCGCGGGUUGUUAGAAUCGCACUUAAGCGAGAAACAGCGGCAUCUUCGUGUUUUGUGCCGUGUCCGACCGCAGUCAAAUUUGUCCGACCAACGGCCGUCGUGCGUACACGUCGCGUCGGCCCACGAGCUGAGCGUCGCGUCGUCGUCUCCUGGUGACGCUGCGACAGCCAAAAGCUUUUUCUUCUCGCGCGUGUUCCACGAGGAGCAGUCGCAGGCGACGGUGUUCCAGGAGGUGGCGCCGCUUGUACGAUCGGUGCUGGACGGGCACCACGCGUGCGUGUUGGCGUACGGACAGACAGGGGCCGGCAAGACGUACACGAUGGAGGGCUGCCACGAGGACGGGGGAUUGUACGACCGCGCGGCGGCGCUCAUUUGGACGACUGCGGAGCAGCAACAGCACGUCUAUGACUACGGCGUGCAGCUGCAGCUCGUGGAGAUUUACAAUGAAGAGAUUUAUGAUUUGUUUGCACGGUCGGACAAGGACGGCGACGGCGGCAGCUCUGGUCGUACAACUAGUAGUACGAUUUGUACGACUGGUAGUGUGGUGUGUACGACGACGAGCAGUGCUGCUGGGACGAAUGGAGGGGAUCGAGGAUCGCCGAGUGGUGCGUCGACGGUGGAGAUUCGACAUGGAGGCAAUGGCGUCUACUUGAAGAAUGUCGAGUCAGUUGCCGUGUCGAGUGUGCAGGAAUUUCAGGACGCGAUUGCUCGAAGUAAAAGCGGUCGGACGGUAGCGUCGAGCGACCGCAGUCAUCGGUCGCACACUGUGUUGAUGAUUGAAAUGCGACGGACGAGCAAGGCAAGCGGUGAGACAGAUUCUGGCAGGUUGGUGCUGGUGGAUUUGGCAGGUUCGGAGAGGCUGUUGAAGACUACGACUACGUCUGCACUGACUGUACGGGAAGCGCAGCAUAUCAACAAGUCACUGUCGGCAGUUGGUGACGUGUUGUCAGCGUUGCUGGCAAAGGAAAAGCACGUACCGUUUCGCAACUCGAAGCUCACGCAUUUGCUGCAGGAUUCGCUGAGUGGUAGUGGCAACCGCACGCUCCUGCUUGUACACGUGUGUCCUCAGAGCGACGAUGUAAACGAAACGGUCAACUCGCUCAAAUUUGCAUCGCGCGUGAGUCAUAUUCAGAUUGGGAAGUCGCAACGCACUGAGCGUGCUGAGAUCGCGCGGCUGAAUGGCGUGGUUGCGAACCAAGUAUCCCAGAUUCAAGCCCUUCAAGGGAAACUGAACGCAGAGCUAGAGCUGCGAAAAAAGUAUGAAAAGCGACUGGCAGAGUACCGCCAGGACGAACAUCGCCGCAGAUCGAAGGGUGAUGAGGCUAGGCGGAUAUUACAGCAGAUGCGGACUCCGUCUCCGCCAGAACUACCACCCCCCGUGUCUGCGCGAAGGUGGAGUUUAUACACUCGAAAGACGAAUGCACAAGGACUCAAUGGUAUUGAGAAUAUAGCGGAAAACAUAUUGCGUGGCAAUGAGUCUUCGCCAGAAACAGUGGAGAUGAGGGCAACGGGCAGCAGUAAGCCGAGUGGAAUCUCUCCUCCGACAAAUUUCUCGCGGCGUCUGAGUUUAUCGGCCCUUGAUCACAAAGAUAAAGCUCCAACACGAAGUGUGAAAAGGAAGAGACCGUCAACGUCUGAAAACAUCCGCAGUAUUCUAAAGAAGCAGCACGGGAGCAGCGACAAUGUCCAUAGUCCCACGAUGGAUUAUGCGAACGGUGACGGUAGCAACACAGCAUCGAAGCAGGUUUCAUUCGAUUUGUCCGGUGUAAUUAUCGGAUCGUCGUCUUGUGCGUUGCCUUCGCGUGAGCUCACCACGGCAAACACGCGUCGGGUUUCUAUUGGAGGAGCAGUGCGAGUACUUGCUGCGAACCCAUCCGUGUCGGGAGCAAUAGUAACCCAAAAGGUCGCGUCAACCCCUGCAAAGCGUGCCAAGCCAAAAUCGAUCGGGUGGCGGUAA